AACGACCUUGGCAAAAGACAUGCAGGACGUCUCUUGACCUAGGCUUUACCCCCGUCGAGUUUCUCCCUUCCAUAGAAGGAGUUUAGGCUGGUCCAAGGCAUACGUUGCCUUUAUACACUUGCAGUGGGGAAAAAAGAAGGGGCUCACCGAGGGAUCGAUUCGUUGGUAGGAUACUGAAGCGAUCGCCGCAACUCGUGAAGUUUUCUGUUUGAAGAGCGAAAGUCGUAUGCAAUGAAAUCCCGAGGGUGAUAGAGUAACAAACAAUCGAAAAGAAGUCGCUGCGUCGAUGCAGCUGUUCGCAUACCCUCCGGCGCUGGGUUCGGCUGCAACCCCUCUUCAAAGUGUUAAUAAGCGCGUUGAGAAUUCUGAAAAUUGUAACAGCCCGACGAUUACCGAAGAUAAAUGCACAGUAAUCGAUGUGAAUUAAGGUGGAAAGAGCUCAGGGAAAUUGCAGAAUCGCAGUAGUGAGGUAACAGUGGGGUCGUACGGGGCUGAGCUUUUGCCACAGCUAUGGGAGUUAGUAUCGAUGCGGCAGUUCGGUUCACAAGAGUGAGCGUUUACUUGGCCCAUAGCUGGCCCUCGUCUAAGACAAGUACGAAGAAGCAGAACGUGAAGCUGCAAAUAAUUUGGUACGUUUCUGUUGCAACGUCCGUGGGCCUUCUCGUGCCUCUUCUCCUUUCGAUGUACACUAAUCAAUCGAAUUCCCUCGUGUUCACCCAAUCGGCCUGUUUCGUUGGUGCGAUAUGCAAUUAUCUCGCAAAGAUGAUUGCGUAUAGAAUGCAACGAAGACGUACGCAGAUAUUGAUCAGCGAAAUGGAAGACUUUUUGAAAGCUGCAAAGCCUCACGAAAAAAAAGUUCUCGAGGACUACGUCGGCAGGACUUUGGCGUUUCACGUUUUAAUCACUGCUGUCAAUUAUGUGACGGCGCUCGGUGUUAUCUGUGGACCGUUGUUCCUUCCUCAAGAGUUUCCAACUGACGCGGCUUACCCGUUCUCCGUCGAUUCUCGCUUCGUUAAAUACGCGAUUUAUUUGCAUCAGAGCUUCGUUGGCUUCCAGUGCUCCACAGGCGCGACUAUCGAUUGCCAAACUGCUUUGAUGUUGUGGUUCGCCGGUGCUAGGCUCGAAAUUCUCACCCUUGAAAUAAAAAACGUCUCUGACUUGAACAGCUUACGAUGCUUCGUUCAAAAGCAUCAACGGCUGCUUUCGUACGCCAGAGAAGUUUGCCACACCGCUUCCUACAUCGUUCUUACCACGUCGAUUGCCUGUGGCUUCGGCACCAUUUUCAGUGGCCUCCAAUUGUUGAGUAAUCAACCUCUUGCAGUCAAAAUACAAUUUGGACCAGUCGUUUUGGUCGCAGGAAUGAACCUCUUCGUUUGCUGCUGGCCUGCGGACAACUUGAUCAGAGUGUGCGACAUGAUGGGUGACGCUGUGUGGGACGCUUCGUGGCCGGAUGAAUCGUCUCGAAUGAUGAAAAAUUAUUCGAUGAUUCUUCACCGAUCUCAGCGACCUGUCAUUGUUUCUAUUGCUGGCUUCAUACCCGUUCUUUCUUUGCGUUCUUACGCUACGUAUUUGUCAUCAGCCUUUUCCUACACGACAACGCUGCGGCUCGUCCUUAAUACGAACCCGGAAAUCCAGCAAUGACUGUUCUCGAGAACCUCAAAUUAGUUUCAUUUUAAUUUGUACUUUUUUGCUCAGUCGAUAACAACGGGGGCGCGCUUUAUCGACAUGGAGUUUCCUGCAGUUUCCCGGCGUUGUAUAAAUUUUAGAGAAAAAAAAACAUUAAAUUUCUUACUUCAUUCUUGUAAUGAAAAUGUUGAAUUAUUUCAGUCAAUGAAACAAAUAAAAUUGUUGAAUGAAUUCAUCCCUUCUC